AUGAUAAAUCUGACAGAAAUUAUGAUGAAUAUAACAGAAGCUAUGAUUGAGAAUUCGAUAGGAGAAGAUGGAUAUGAAGAAGCAUCGCCACAGGAUGAAUCAGAAGAUUCGGAGAAAUUUCGGAUAAAGGUAAGAAAAUUAGGUUGUGUAGAUUUUUCAUCUUGAUUUUUGAGCUCUCUCUCUCUCUCGUGAUUUCUUCUGUAGGCGAACUUUCAAGGUUUAAUCAAAUUCUCAUCGAAAAUUGUUUUGUUUUUCCGACACAAACCCCAUGUUAAUCUAAUUUGUUGAAAACUUCUGAAAAUCCAAUUUCGAGAAUACUCUAAAAUAUGAUUUCAUGUUAAAAAUGAAUCACGGGGAACUUUUUUCCACCUGUGUUUCCAAAUGUUUUUCAAUUUAAACCAGAAAAACAAUACAUACGUGACCACAGAAAAGGUGACCAAAAAUCACAACUUUGUUUCUCGAGAAAAACAAUAAGGGCACUUGAAAAUUUGAAAGUAUCAUUGUCGUCACUCCACGUGUCUUUUCCACACGUUUUUAAUUAAAUCAUUUGCUUUUUUGUGGGCGUUUGUAGUUAGAUGAACUGACACAAAAAAACAACUUUUUCUUCUAUUUUUAAAAAAGUAAAAGAUGAAGAUGAAGAUGGAAAAAAAACAAACACCACUGAAGAAUUUUAAAUAUCCUUACUCGUUUUUUCCAGAUCGAAACAUGCAUUUAUGUGAUUUGUUUUCUUGUUGGCGGACCUCUCAAUGUUCUUUCUUUGGUCAGAAGUUUACAAGCUUUUCGGUUAGUUAUUGAAAAUAUCUAGUGUCAACAAUUAUUUAUGCAUUCCAUCUCCACCUCAUUUCAAUAGAAAAAAAAAAGGAAAUUUGAACUUUUACAUAAUUAUACAUUAAUAAUUGGAAGAUGAAGAAAAGGGGCAAAAAAUACGAAAACAACGCGAAAAAUUGCACGGUCUAUUAACUUUUUUCAUUCAUUUUUGAACGUGGAGCGGAAGAGAACACUAAAUAUGUUUGUUUCAGAGCACACAAAGCAAAAAGCCAAAUUUUAUUGCUUCGCAUCAAUUUGAACAUGGCAGAUUUGUUCACAUUGUUUUUGUUCAUUCCGAAACAAGUUAUUUGGCUUCAAACCUAUCAAUGGUAUGGGGGUGAAAUAUUGUGCAGAGUUUGCGCGUUUUUCUCAACUUUUUCGUUUUAUCUUCAUGCGUUUGUCAUUUCUUGUAUUGCGAUUGAUCGAGCAUUUGGAGCAUAUAAUAUUAGGUGAGUUUUGGGGGUGUCUUAAAAAAUGUCAUUCGGUUUUGAAACGGGUUGCUGUAGAUCACACGACCAUUAAUUUUGAUGAGAAAGAUUCCAUUAGCUUUCUGUGUACUGUAUGUCAUAAAGAGCAUUUUUCCAUUAUCUCUCCGCUAGUUUGAAAAAAGCUCACAUCAUUUUUAUUUGGUACUGUAGGUCUUCUAAAAAUAAUUAUUUUUCACGUCAUUUUUUGGACGCUGGAUUUUUCGAUCGUAAAUUUUUAUGAGAAAAAUUCCAUUAUUUCUUGGGUACUGUAGAUUUUCUAUUCCAUAAAAAUUUAUGAGCGUUUUUCCAUUAGACGACACCUUCGAAAAUCUACAUCGUUAAUUUUUAUGUGAAUUAUCUAUACAUCCAUUUUCAUAGGCUACUGUAGCUUUCAAAUAUUGUAAAAUUUUAUGUUCAUCUAAAAAUAAUCUUACGUCAUGUCAGGAUACUGUGAAGAUCAAAAUAUUAAAUGCAACUAGUCUGGAUAUAAUUUCAAACUUUUUCCAGCUCAAUAAAUGCUCAUCGUCGCGCUUAUAAUCGAUGUCGAAAUAUGCUUUGUGUUGCGUGGACAUUGGCAAUUCUCAUAUCUCUUCCACAAGCUGUUGUUUUUCAAACUACAAGUCCGUUUUUGGCUACAGGAGAUGAUUUUACGUAAGAAAAAUCUAAAUUUUCCUUAAAAAAUUUCAUCUUAAAAUAUUGCAGACAAUGUGCAACAGUUUUUAUGAUCUUCCGCCAUGAAAAACUCAAUGAAUACAUGCAGAUUGGAACAUCUGACAUUCGAAAAAUGCAAAUCGAACAACAAGCGGAAUCUGUAUUCUUUUGGGAAAAAGUCUACGCCGUCAACCAUUUUCUUUUUGUUUUCUGGAUUCCAUUCAUCAUUAUCAUUUUUAGUUAUGGAAUUGUUUUGCUGAUUCUUCAAGGACAUCUCAAGCAAGGUACUUUACCCCUUGAAAGACGUUUACAAACUAACAAGUCAUAUAUAGAGAAAAAAUCAUCGUGCUUCAAAUGUCGUGUUAAAUCAUUGGAUAUGGAAGAAGAUAGUGUUGCUGGUACACCAACAAAAGAAACCUACUUAUUGCAACAAGAUGAAAGUUAUGCUUUGAAAACAUGGAGUAGAGAGUUAGUUUCAGAUUAUGGGAAUGACUGAAUAUUUUUUAAACUUUUCAGAAACAUCCAUAUCGAUUUUGAUAGUCAAAGUAACGUGAAAAGAAAUGGGUCUGUCAAAAGUCGAACAAUUCCACAUCCAGUUCCAUCAACUACAAGAUUUGGAGCAAUGGCAGUUAGCACAAUUCAUAAAGCCAAGCAGGUACCUAAUUUUUAAUUCUUACUGCCUACCUCUAAUCUUAAAAUUUGCAGCACGCAAAACGUCAAGCAACUCAAAUAAUUCUUGCAUAUGUCUGCGUCUGGAGUCCUUACAAUUUCAUGACAGUUUUAGGCGUUUUGGGGAUGGAAAUCAAUUAUUUGGGAUUCUUUAAUGCUGCAAUGUGUGUUAACACAAUGAUUAAUCCGAUUAUUUAUGGAGUUAUUCGCAAUAUCAAACGCUAG